UUAUAACAGUAAAAGUAAGAGCCCCGCAUUUUAUUUAGUAAACGUUAUAAACACGCAUAAAUUUACAUUUGCUGCUUAUUCCUACAUACAGAUAUAGACUAUAUUUAAUACUAAAACCCUUGGAUCAAUUUUAAAAACUUAUUAGAAUGGCAUCGAUUGGAGAACUUCAACAAACGAUUGCUGAGCUGAGGGAGAAACUCGAAAGAGAAACCAGAAAGGUUCAUGAAAUGACCGAUGUAAUCAAACGACAGCCUAUCUCAGAAAUGAGUGCAGAGGUUGUCGACUCAAAUCCUUAUAGUCGACUUAUGGCCCUCAAAAGAAUGGGGAUUGUGGAAAAUUAUGAGAGAAUUCGUGACUUCAGCAUAGCUGUUGUUGGUGUGGGUGGUGUUGGCAGUGUGACAGCUGAGAUGUUGACUCGCUGUGGUAUCGGCAAGCUGCUGUUGUUUGACUAUGACAAGGUGGAGCUGGCUAACAUGAACAGGCUGUUCUACCAGCCGCACCAAGCUGGUCUCAGCAAGGUCGAGGCUGCAGAGAGGACGCUCAGAGAAAUCAACCCAGAUGUUGAGUUUGAAGUUUACAACUACAACAUUACAACAGUUGAUAACUUUCAACAUUUCAUGGACAGAAUCAGACUGGGUGGCAAACAGCAGGACACGCCUGUUGACCUAGUUCUCAGCUGUGUAGACAACUUUGAAGCUCGUAUGGCAAUUAACACAGCCUGUAAUGAACUGGGUCAGUCGUGGUUUGAGUCUGGGGUCAGUGAGAACGCUGUGUCUGGUCACAUCCAGUUUAUUGUACCUGGGGACACCUCAUGCUUCGCUUGUGCCCCUCCACUAGUCGUGGCCACCCACACAGAUGAGAGGACCCUGAAGAAAGAGGGCGUGUGUGCGGCCAGUCUCCCCACCACCAUGGCUGUUGUUGCUGGGUUCCUGGUUCAGAAUGUCCUCAAGUACCUGCUCCAGUUUGGAUCUGUCUCCUACUACCUGGGCUACAACGCCCUCCAGGAUUUUUUCCCCACCAUGAGGAUGAAGCCCAACCCCCAGUGUGAUGACUCACAUUGUCGCAGACAACAGCAGCUGUUCCAGGAGAGAGAAGCCGCUAGACCAAAGACAGACAAGCAGGAGAAAGUGGAGGAGGUGGCUGUGGUACAUGAGGAGAAUGAGUGGAGUAUAGAAAUUGUAGCUGAGACAACAGAAGAAGAAGCUCUGGCGGCUGAAGGUAAAAAACCAGAGCUGACAGAAGGAGUUACAGUGGCUUACACUAAGCCUGCCACACAGGAGGUGGACGUGACUGAGUUUGUUCCUGUCACAGAGUUGAGUAUACAAGACCUGAUGAAGCAGAUGCAGAACUUGUAACAUCAAGUCACUCGCAACAUUUAGGCUGUGUAAUUAAUUCAAUAAAUGUAUGUCUCAUCACUCUCAACAUUUAGGCUGUGUAAUUAAUUCAAACAUUAUGUCUAAUUUCUGUGUAUUUAUUCCUUCAUGUUAUAAAGCCUGAUGAAUGUCUGUGUAUGUUAAAGUCAUCUAAUGUAUGUCUGAUCCAGAAAGUCUGAUGUAUGUCUGGGUCUGAUAUUUGACCAUUCAAGUAAUGUAUAUCAAAGUAUGGCUAGUUCAGCUGUAAAACAUUUCAAAAUUCAUGUUUUAUGUUGAUGUUCACUAUUUUUUAAAAAUUUAUUUCAUAUUCACAAGAGUAAGUUACUAUACUAUAAAUAGAAUCUACAGUUUUGGUUAAACAAAUGUAAGUGUCCACAGCAAAACUUGAAUAAUUAUAUAGAAAUAGAACAUUUUAUUUAAGAUCUUAAAUUUGGUACCAAGAUCACUUAUCAAAGUAAAUUCAUUUUUUUAAAAUAAUGUUUGUUACUAAUGUCAUGUUUGCCUCUCUCGUUUUCGACAUUUGAACAUGCACUCAAUUGUGAUGGUUGGAACAUAAACAGUAUCAGCGUGGAAAAAUUAAAAACAACUGAUUCAUUUAUAUAAUGGUAGAAUCUUGAAAUAUACUUUAAAACAACUGAUUCAUUCAUAUAAUGUUUGAAUCUUGAAAUAUACUUUAAAACAACUGAUUCAUUUAUAUAAUGUUUGAAUCUUAAAAUAUACUUUAAAACAACUGAUUCAUUCAUGUUGUUUGAACGUUGAAAUAUACUUUAAAAAAAACCAAGUUCUUUCAGUUUGUAGUACAGCGAUCGAGCAAGAAAUAGAGCACAGAAACUUUGAAACUAUUUUAUAAAUGUGUGAAUCUUGAGUGAAUGGAAUAUUUGAGUUGAAACUUUCUCUAACUGUAACAGACUGGUUUUAUCUGUGGUGUGAAUGACUUCAUACAACUGACAUCAAAUGGUGUAUGAAUGACGCCAUACAACUGACAUCAAUGGUGUAUGAAUGACUAGGAUAAUUAUAGAAGUAGCCUUUCAUGACGUGUUUUAUUAAAUUCUGUUUUUCUGUCAUUAUUGAGCAGCCAUCAAACACAUGUUUAUGUAAGAUUGUUUACUGCAGCUAGCAAACGUUACAUAGAGUGACCUAAGAACAACAAAAUUCAUUUGAUUAAUUUUGCAUUCUUUUAUUUUGGUUAAUAGAAGAGGAUUCUCUGGUGUUGUACAGGUAUAGGAAAUUGAGAGUCCUAGAUUCAUUUGUUUGACAAUAUCUGACACAAGAUGUCUGACCACUGGAGACUAUGUCAGUUUAACCUAUAUAACUCAUUGUUAGUGAUAUUGUAGUCCAGCAGUAUAAAACUUUUACUAGUCAACACUCAAUCAACCAGCCAUAAGAAAAUGUGAAUAGUUUUUGUGAUAUGUAGCUUAUGGCCUAAGUUUUUAUCUUCAUGUUAAUAAAUAAAGGUGUGCUACAGCACUUAUUUAUUGUGUUUCCUGUGUCUGCGCUACCAUAUGAUAUAGUGUAUGUCCUACACAUUAUGUUUGUCCUACAGGUCCUAUGCCUGAUUGUGUCAGUUUACCAUGAACUUGAUUAUAACUGAUGUAAUGUUGAUCUUUAAUUUGUAUAUAUAUUUUGUUUUCUAAUUUCUAGCAUCAUGCUCAAUAAAUCAUGGAUGUAUUUUAGUUAUCAUAAUUCAUGUGAUUUGUCUUGG